AUGGAAGGCGCCUCGCUCAUCGCUUGCACUCGUUGCGCUGUCUCAAAGGCACGAUGCGACAGAAAGGUACCGUGCUCUCAAUGUGUCGCAAAAAACUACGUGUGCGAACCAAGGUGCACAUCGCGCCGGCCACGGGCUCCUCGAAAGCGAGCCAAGGUCUCGACCACAACACCAGCGCACAAUACCCGUCUGGAAACUAGCCACAGCGCACAAAUGGAUCAGUUCUGUGGCUAUAUCAUUCCUGAUAGUCAGCCACAUCAUAGCGAGAUUCUCGCUCUUACGCAUUCGGCCUUACAUCCGGGGCCACUGGAGUUUUCAGGCUACGAAGACUUCAUGGGCUUUUCGUACGCCGCGUCUUCAGGGAGCGAUCCUAUGGACGACAAUGCAUCGGGCAAUCUCUACACACACAUUCCAAGUUUAGAAAUGCAGGCAAUAGAACCCAGCUUCUCUCCGCACAUGGUCGGUAAUGGUGGGCUAUACAAGCAGCAUCAACAGAGAUUCUUGCACGGGCCUAGUCAACCCCCAACACCACCUUUCACAAGCCCCCAGGCUAUGCAAAGCCUACCAAUGAGCCCACUGGACGGAACCAUCACUUCAAAACCCAACAAACCAACGCGGGACGUACGCGUGAGCAGCCCGGAGGCGUCAAGGGAUGUACUGAGUGAAAUGCUGGAUCUUCUUGCUCAGCCAGAUGCCUGGACAGGACUGCCCAUCAACAAAAACGACGCCAUCACAGUCUUGUCCCAAGAUUACCGAGACCGAAUAGUUGCGGCUGUUCAGAUUCUGCUCUACCGGGCACUGCAGACUGGCUGCUCACCAUCAUCGUCGGACCAAGGCUUAUUUGGACGCAUUGUAUCCCUACCCCCUUCUCAUGUGCUGUCGCACUUUUUCGACCUUUAUGCAAAACGCAUUGAAUCCAUUCAACCCUUUCUUGGACUUGCCGGCUCCCCUACUGCCAGCAUUCAAGACAUCCUUCAAGUCGACGCGGCGGACGUUGGCAUGCUGCUGGUUGUCCUCAUGAUCACACAAGGCGCCAUGCUUACAGAUCACCACGAGUCUCACGUAUUCGCUCAUGGCCUCAUAGAAGUUUGCAGGGUGGCCUUGAACCACGUUCUCGAGCGCCGAAGCAUAUCGGACCCGAUGGUUGGGGGGAUUGCACUACAACUACUGACCCUUUGCGCGCGAAGCGGUAAAGACUCUUUGAACUCGUUUGCCAUGUCGAAAAGAGGACAGUACAUGAGUAUGCUGAAAGAGACUGGCAUCCUGCAGCCCGACCAAGGAUACUACUAUGAACGCACCGCAGACGCAGGGAACCCGUGGGAGAAAUGGAAAGAGUUUGAGCAACGAAAUCGCCACGCAUACGCAUGGGUCUAUGUCGACCUCGAAACAAGCUUGCUUCACGAUGUUCCACCAGUCCUUUCAAUCGGCGAUUUACAAGUACCACUACCUCGAGACAAUGCCCUCUGGCACGCACAAUCAUACAAUGCCUGGGUCGGGCACCACAGCGCAAACGAGAUUCAACUAGGACAUGAAAUGCCGUCUCUCAAUGGCUUGUUCCGUAGUUUUCUACAUGGCCAGCUUAUAGUAGACGAUGACACACCUCUACACCAUCUGCGGCUUCUUCUCCAUCCAUUGCAGGCCAUGGUCUUGGAGCAGAAACAACUCCUCCGCAUCUUCGACACGGAUGAGCCGUCCAACAUGAACCGCACUCCUUCCAGGAUCAACGUCCUCGGCCGUUUACAGGAGACACAGGAUCUGGUGCAGGACUUUGCUGUGCUCCUCAACCGGCAACUACAUGUCGCCUCGGAUGAUGAGAGUAAGAGUCAGACCAGGGUGACAGACUGUCUCAGCAUCAUCAUCAUGCUUCAUCUGGUUAGCUUGAACGUGUUCACAAGCAUCCCCGACAUUGAGAGAUGCGCCAAAGAGGAACCACCAGUCUCGCUAACAGCACGUGCGGACAUGUGGCGGAGAGUCCGCUAUUCCGAAGGCACAAGCUACGUCUUGUUCCAUGCCGGCCAGAUCUUCAGACUGAUUGAGAGCCUACCGAUUGAUCGGCGACCCACAUGGUGGCCAAUGGCCAUCUACCGUGCGUCCAUGGCUUGCUGGUCGCUCAGGAACAUCGACCAGCAAAGUCCAAGUCACCAGGCGUGUGGAGUCAGCAUUGAUAUGCUCCUGCCAAGUGACGAGCAAUUCCUCAACAGGAGUACGGGUACUCCUGUCGUCACACUCUCUGACGGGAGACACCUACCGGUUCUAGAACAGGGCAACAGCUUACUGUAUUGCAUGAACAAACUGGAGAGUCAUCCUACUCAUCUUGUCCAUUCUGUACUUGACAAGGUGCGGUAUUUCUUAGACAAAUGGGCCUGGUAA